UUUCAAACCAUUUCAAACCAUCCAUUUGUAUAUGCACAAGUUGUAUUCAUAUGCAGUUGUAUGCAGAGAUCAUUAACACAUGAAUCACAGAGUUGUGUGAAUACUCAAUAUAUGGAAUAACAAUUUUGCGAAGGGUGGCGCUUUAAAGCAGUUCGGUUUUUGAAGAAAUAUGGCGGAUGUUGAGUUAGCGAAAGCAUUGAAAGAUCUGCCAAUUCGAGUUCAAACCGCUAGUAAAAACGAGCGGCGAGAGGUUCUGCAAAAUGUCGUCAAUGUAUUGUCAAAUCCUGGCAUCAAUGAAAAAAUUGUUAAUGGAAUUUGCAAAACCAUAUCUCUUACUUUACAUCGAUAUAAGGAUACAGCCUCCCAAUCAUACGUGAAAAAUUUAAUUGUGGAGUUAUUGAAAAAACAACAAGAAUCUACUGUGAAACACAUGACAAAUGUCAUUGUAGAACAAGCUUCUUGGCAUAAAAAUGUAGUUCCUACUUUGAAAACUGCUUUAACUGCAUACCUUGCAUUGAAAUGGUCAGCAUUAAUUCUUCUGUAUGGAUCUCAGAACAAUCCAAACUUUAGUAUAGAAUUACCAAAACUUGUAGAGGCACAAGCAAAUCUAACUGCAGCAGCUUUGGCAACUAUGGAUAAAAAACUGGCAGAAAAAGUGUAUGUACUAUUAGCACAUCAAUGGUCAAACGUUAAAGGGAUAGAAACAGUAUAUCUAGAAGCACUGGUUAAAUUGGAAGUUGGAAAUGGUAUAAUCGUUCUUGCUAGUUUACUUACAAAAUAUUUGGUAAAUACAAAGAAAAACGAGUUGGUGGGGAAGCUAAAGACAAACAUAAUUGAUGCUUUUAUAAAAGUGACUAUCAGUUGCAAAAAGAAGCCAGACCUAUAUGUAGUACAAACUGCUGUACCUCUGCUACGUAAAAUAUCUCACGAUGAAUUUAAAAGUCAGUUACUGCCUGCUUUACAAAAAGCAAUGUUAAGGAAUCCAGAAAUUAUUAUCGAAUCUAUUGGUCAUACUCUAAGUGGUUUAAGUCUUGAUUUAAGUCAGUACAGCCAAGAUAUAAGCAAAGGAUUAUUUGCGAAUUUGCAUUCUAAGGAAGACGUAGUUAGAAGCGAGGCUAUUGGAGCUUGUCGUAGACUCGCUCUACAAUGUUCAGAUGCUACUGCUUUGGAAGAUUUACUGUCAUCUGUGUUUGCAGUAUUUCAUGGAUCAGAAGGAAAACUCACGGUUGUAACUCAUAAGAUUUCUGUUUUACAAGGAGCUGGUAAUCUUAGCUACAAUGCAGCUUCAGGCAGUAGUGUUCAAAGAUUAGCAGAAACUGCUUGCAAACACUUUAUCAAAGUUUUAGAAACUGAAGUUCAUGAAAAAACAUUAAUUCAUGCUCUCGAAAUGAUGGCUUUAUGGUCUAACAAAUUUUCAAAAACUGUUCCGAAAAAUAUAAUAGAUGCAUUUAAGGAAGGAAUGACUGCCAAAACUUCAACUCCUGCAGUGCGUACUGCUUAUAUUAAACUUUUCUUUUCUACACCAGUAGCUUCGUAUUCUGCAACAAUAACACCAUUACUUAUACAAGCGAUAACGAGAGCUACACAGCAAUGUACGCAACCAACUGCGGUAACAGAAGGUUUGGUUGCUGCUUACUUACUCCUCAAGUUCGUCCUUGCAAAUCAAGUAGAAAAUGACAAACAAACUAUAUUGUGGAAUGCAAUCGAUGACCAAAUAUUCUUCUCAGAAAAAUUUCUAGCAACAUGCGGUGAUGAUAUUUUAUAUCACCUUAUGUUACUUUGUGAAAGACUUAUCACAGAAUUUUCCGAUAGAUUAAAUGAAAAAGCUUUGAAUGGAAUUCACAGAGCAAUCGUAAUAUGCGCAACAGCUCCAAAAUUCAACACCAGAAAAUGUUGCUUUCCAUUUGUUAAAAAGAUUGUAACUGGUUUGGGUACCUACGCGCCUGCACAAGAACUACUACUAGAAUUCAAUAAACUUUUAGAAAAUGUAAAAAUUAAAUCUGAGACAGAUAAAGAAAAUAAAGAAGACUCUUCUACAGGAGAAAUAACUGGCAGGUGUCUUGCUGAUGGAUUGCUUGCUAUUUGUUCGGGUUCUUUCUUGUUUGAGUUACCAGCAAUGCAAAUGACAAGAGAUGCAUUGAUACCAGCUCAUCAUCCUGCGAUACUUAAAGCAAUGCCAAACUUGUGGUUUAAAAUUGCAAAGAAUUACAAUCUUGUACCAAAAGAUUUUUUAUGUUCUUUUAAUUAUGAAGUUAAAAAAAUGCUUGUGCAAAAUUACGAACUCAAUCCUAGUUAUGAAAACGCCUUAACGAGAGUGGUAUCAAUUGUACCAGAUAUUAUAUUGCCCGCGAUAAUAUCAAACGUUACGAGUAAACUUAACGAUCCAGAUAUUUUAAAAGUCACUAAAGACGAAUACUUUACUUACCUCACUCCAGAAGGAGAGUUGUACGAUAAAAGUGUAUUGCCAGCAAAUGAUAAAAAUGAUAUACUCAAUUCAAUGAAUAUGAAAAGAGAGAGCAAAGCGUACUCGUUUAAGGAACAACAAGAAGAACUUCAAUUAAGACGUGAAUUGUACGAAAAGAAAAAAAAGGAAGGGAAAAUAAAGGAACCAAAAUUAACGCCUAAACAAGAAGAAAUUCUUAAGGCGCAAUUCAUAAAGGAAGCUGCAAUUCGUAAAAGACUGAUCGAGUUGAAAUUCAGAAUAGACAAUGUCGUAUCCCUGAUUAUAUGUUCAGCGCGUGGAAAUCGCCAAGAACUUUCCUUUUACUUGAAAGACCUCCUACCUCCAAUCUUAAAAAAUCUAGGAUCACCAAUAGCUGCUCCUGCAAUGUCUGACCUAUAUAUCCGCUUAAAAGAAGUAGUCACAUUAGGAAAUAAUCCAAUUUUAGCCGAUGUAGUGGCACAUGUUACGUUGCGGCAAUUACAACCACAGUGCGAUUUGGAUCAAGCCUGGGAAGAAGAAAACCUUGAUGCUGCAGUGAAAAGAACAUUAAAUCUUUUACACACAACUACGAUUAAACAAAAAAUGUUAUUCACAGCUCCCGCCUUUUGUUACAUUUUCCCAUUUAUAAAGAAGACUUUAUUAACAUAUAAAGACGAUAGUAUGAUCGUGCAAGGACUACAAAUAAUACAGGAGCACGCUAAACAAAGAGGAACUUCUUCCGAAUUAAGAGACGUGAGACAUCCCCGAUUACUUCCGCGUAAACACAUGUUCGAUCUAUUAAUAGAAUUGAUGGAAAUUACAACUGGAAGAGUACAGACACACGCAGUGGCAACUUUGUUAGACGUGGCUCAAUCUGGUAGCGGCCAACCAGGUACUGCAAUAGCAACUAGCAUGGAUAUAGAUUCUUUAAUCGGUGCUUUACAAAAUUCUUUAUCUACGAUAAGAGAUGCAGCUCUAAGAGCAUUAACGGUCAUAAGGCAAGCCUUUCCAUCUCAUAAAGAAGACCCUGCACAAAUCUUACAUCUUACUAGGAGAAUAUGGAUCGCUAGGUUCGAUGUUUGCAAUGAUAACAAAGUUUUGGCUAACGAGCUAUGGAAUGCAGCAAAUUUAGUCGCACAGGCAGAUAUUCUUUCCGAGGAGCUCAUUCAGGACAUCGCACAUCCGGUAGAACCUGUACAGCAAGCUGCUGCCUGUGCUUUGGCACAGUGUUUAACUAAUGUUCCACAUUCGGUGCCAGGAGUCUUGGACAGGUUACUACAGCUUUAUCAGGAAAAACUAGCUAUGAUCCCACCGAAAUUAAACGAUUUUGGUCGCGUGGUCGAACAACCCAUCGAUACAUGGGGUCCGCGGCGAGGUGUUGCACUUGCGUUAGCUCAAAUGGCACCACUCCUCACUGCUGAUACAGUACUUAAACUUGUGCAAUUCUUCGUUUCCACUGGUUUAGGCGACAGAAACCAAGCUGUCCGCACUGAAAUGUUAACCGCUGCUGUAGCUGCUGUUGAUCUUCAUGGAAAGAUAAAUAUAACUUCUUUGCUACCAGUUUUCGAAAAUUUUAUGGACAAAGCACCAAAGAUUGGCAGUUUCGAUUCGAUCAAACAGUCAGUAGUUAUUCUUAUGGGAUCCCUAGCAAGGCAUUUGGAUAAGGAUGAUCCGCGUAUUAAACCAAUAGUCAUGCGCUUAAUCACUGCUCUGUCCACUCCUUCGCAACAAGUGCAGGAGGCUGUGGCCAAUUGCUUACCACACCUUGUACCUUCUAUCAAGGAAGAUGCUCCGAAGAUCGUGGACAAUUUAAUGGAUCAGUUAUUAAAGUCAGACAAAUAUGGGGAGCGUAAAGGCGCGGCUUAUGGGUUAGCAGGUAUAAUCAAGGGUAUGGGAAUACUCGCUCUGAAACAGCUUGAUAUUAUGACCACAUUAACUAAUGCCAUUCAGGAUAAAAAGAACUAUAGGCAUCGAGAAGGAGCGUUAUUCGCCUUUGAAAUGUUAUGCACGAUGCUCGGUAGAUUGUUCGAACCUUAUAUUGUUCAUGUGUUACCACAUCUGCUACUGUGUUUUGGAGAUUCAAGUCAGUAUGUCAGAGCAGCUACCGAUGAUACAGCUCGAGUAGUUAUGAGUAAACUCUCUGCACAUGGAGUGAAACUUGUUCUUCCUAGUUUGCUAGCAGCAUUAGAGGAAGACUCAUGGAGAACCAAGACCGGAUCCGUUGAAUUAUUGGGUGCAAUGGCAUACUGUGCACCAAAACAAUUAAGCAGUUGUUUACCAAGCAUAGUUCCAAAACUAAUAGAAGUGCUUAGCGAUUCACACACUAAAGUCCAAGAAGCUGGUGCAGAGGCACUGAAAGUUAUUGGAAGCGUAAUUCGUAAUCCAGAAAUUCAAGCUAUCGUGCCAGUUUUGUUAAAAGCUUUACAAGACCCGUCCCACAAGACAGCUACUUGUCUUCAAACUUUGUUGGAUACACAAUUUGUACAUUUCAUUGACGCUCCGUCAUUGGCUCUUAUCAUGCCUGUAGUACAAAGAGCAUUUUUAGAUCGCUCGACGGAAACAAGAAAAAUGGCAGCUCAAAUUAUUGGAAAUAUGUAUUCCUUGACUGAUCAGAAAGAUCUAACUCCAUACUUGCCCACUAUUAUUCCUGGUUUGAAAACAAGUUUAUUGGAUCCUGUACCAGAAGUACGUAGCGUGUCCGCGAGAGCAUUAGGUGCCAUGGUGCGAGGAAUGGGUGAAUCCAGUUUCGAAGAUUUACUUCCUUGGUUGAUGCAAACACUCACGUCUGAAACAAGUAGUGUCGAUCGGUCAGGUGCUGCCCAGGGUCUUUCAGAAGUUGUGAGAGGACUUGGCGUUGAGAAACUUCAUAAACUCAUGCCUGAGAUUAUCAGUACAGCUGAAAGGACGGAUAUAGCUCCGCACGUUAAAGAUGGUUACAUCAUGAUGUUUAUUUACAUGCCAAGCGCAUUUACCACUGAAUUCACACCUUAUAUUGGGCAGAUUAUCAAUCCUAUUUUGAAAGCUCUGGCUGACGAGAAUGAAUACGUGCGCGAGACCGCACUUAGAGCAGGUCAACGUAUUGUUACCCUUUACGCUGACUCUGCGAUUAUGUUACUGCUACCAGAACUAGAGAAGGGUCUUUUUGAUGACAAUUGGCGUAUCAGAUAUUCGUCAGUACAGUUACUUGGAGAUUUGUUGUAUCGAAUUUCUGGUGUUUCUGGAAAAAUGUCGACAGAAACAGCCAGCGAGGACGAUAACUUCGGAACUGAACAAUCACAUUAUGCCAUCAUUAAUGCUCUUGGCGCGGAAAGACGAAAUCGUGUUUUAGCUGGAUUAUAUAUGGGCAGAUCAGACGUUGCGUUGAUGGUACGUCAAGCUGCUCUUCAUGUAUGGAAGGUUGUUGUAACAAAUACUCCAAGAACACUGCGAGAAAUAUUACCUACAUUGUUCACUCUGUUACUUGGUUGUUUGGCCAGCACAAGUUACGAUAAAAGACAAGUGGCGGCGCGUACUUUGGGAGACCUCGUUAGAAAGUUAGGUGAAAGAGUAUUACCAGAGAUCAUACCAAUUCUAGAAAAAGGUCUGCAAAGUGACCAGGCUGAUCAACGUCAAGGUGUAUGUAUCGGGUUAUCGGAAAUUAUGGCAAGCACAAAUAAGGAUAUGGUGCUAACUUUUGUUAUUAGUUUGGUCCCAACAGUGAGAAAAGCAUUGUGUGAUCCAUUGCCAGAGGUUCGUCAAGCAGCAGCAAAAACUUUUGACGGUUUACAUUCGACCGUAGGGGUUCGAGCGCUGGAUGACAUACUACCAGCAAUGUUAACGCAAUUGAAUUCGCCAGAUCAAGCGGAAGCAGAGAACACCUUAGACGGUCUGCGUCAAGUAAUGGCGAUCAAGUCUAGAGUCGUUUUGCCAUAUUUAGUACCUCAACUAACCACUCCUCCUGUUAAUACAAAAGCAUUGUCAAUAUUGGCGAGUGUCGCAGGCGAAGCGUUAACAAGGUUCCUCCAUAAAAUUUUGCCAGCAUUGUUGACUGCUCUCUCUAGUGCUCAAGGAACGCCAAACGAAGUUCAAGAGUUAGAAUAUUGCCAAGCUGUUAUCCUAUCUGUUAAUGAUGAAGUUGGCGUUAGAACAGUCAUGGAUCAACUUAUGGAGGCUACAAGAGCAAACGAUCCAUCCAGACGACGAAGCGCAGCAACUUUGCUGUGUGCUUUCUGCCGUGACACUCGUGCAGAUUAUAGUCAGUAUGUGCCACAAUUGUUACGAGGACUCAUUCACUUAUUUACGGAUGAUGAUAAGGAUGUGUUGCAAAUGAGUUGGGAAGCCCUUACAGCUGUUACUAAGACUUUAGCAUCUGAGCAACAAAUUGCACAUGUACAAGACAUUAGGCAAGCUGUUAGGUUUGCCGUAUCCGAUUUAAAGGGACAAGAAUUAUUGCCUGGAUUCUGUUUACCGAAGGGAAUUACACCAAUUCUUCCGAUAUUCAGAGAAGCCAUAUUAAACGGUUUACCAGAAGCUAAAGAGCAGGCAGCUCAAGGAUUAGGAGAAGUUAUAAAAUUAACUAGUGCAACUGCAUUACAACCCAGUGUGGUGCACAUUACUGGACCACUAAUCCGAAUUCUUGGAGAUCGGUUCAAUUGGAGCGUUAAAGCAGCCGUUUUGGAAACUCUUGCAAUUCUACUUGGCAAAGUUGGAGUCAUGUUAAAGCAAUUUUUACCACAACUGCAAACUACCUUUUUGAGAGCGUUAAACGAUAGUAACAGACAAGUGAGAUUAAAAGCUGCUUACGCUUUAAGUAAUCUUAUUAUAAUUCAUACACGUGUUGACCCACUGUUUACAGAACUUCAUACUGGCAUAAAAACUGGCGACGACCCAGCUAUUAGGGAAACAAUGUUGCAAGCUUUGCGAGGCGUGCUUACACCUGCUGGUGACAAAAUGACAGAACCGAUGAAAAAACAAGUAUUUGUUACUCUAAGUAGUAUGCUUGGUCAUCCAGAUGAUGUUACGAGAAAUGCUGUAGCUGGUUGUUUCGGAGCUCUCGUACGAUGGCUUAGUCCAGAUCAACUUGCCAUUGCAUUUAAUGAUCACUUAUUGUGUACCGACAGCAGUGUUGAUUGGAUGCUCAGACAUGGGCGUUCCGCAGCAUUAUUCGUAACGCUAAAGGAAUCUCCAACAACAGUUUAUAACAGUAAAGAGAAGGAUCGUGUUACGGCGGUAAUACUUUCGUAUUUGGCGGCGGAUCGAGUACAAAUAGUAAUGAAUGGUGUACGAGCUUGCGGUUAUUUAUUUCAAUAUCUUAUGAAUGAAGGAGAAUCUAUACCUCAACAAAUUUUGUCCCCUUUCGUUAGGUCAAUGAACAACAACAGCAACGAUGUGAAGCAGUUAUUGGCUAGGGUUUGCAUUCACUUGGCUCGUAAUCUACCACCUGUGAAAAUGUCACCAGAAUUACUUAAAUCGCUUCUACCUAUGUUGGUAAAUGGAACAAAAGAGAAAAAUGGUUAUGUGAAAGCCAACAGUGAACUUGCUCUCAUAGCAGUACUUAGGUUGAGACAAGGUGAAGAUGAAUAUCGGCGCUGUAUGAAUUUCUUAGAUGCUGGCGCACGGGAAUCUUUGUCGGAUGUAGUUAGCAAAGUGUUGUCCAAGGUUCUUUCUCAGCCUGAAGGCAAAAUAGAAGAAUUAGACGAUACUUUACUCACGUGAGAGAUAUUGCGCGUCCUGGGGCUCAUUACGCGCUGCACCCGUUUUAAUAAUCGUAUUAUCCAUCAUUAUUCGAUCGAUUUUUAUAAAGAGACUUACUGUUCGUGUACUAGUUGCAUUAUAAAGAAGUUAGUUCAUUCAACAUUGUAUCUCGAUAACCAAUUAAACAUCGUAAAAUGUAACAAUCGCUUGAUGGCAUUCAAGUUACUUAAUCUAAGGUAUCCUGUAUACCGAACAACUCAAAUAGCGAUUGUAGAUACUUCCAUAAAAAAUGUUUUCUACGACCGAUUUAUUAAUAAUAUGAGUUUCUACAAUUUCAUUAUUAUUAUAUCGAGUUUGUACCAAGAAAGGCACACAUUUGUAAGUGAAACAGUAGAAAAUAAUAAUGGAAAACGCAUUAAACUUGGAUACCAGAAUGAUGAAUGUAAUUUAAGAAACGAAUCAAAUUUCAACGGUAUUGUACAUUCACAAUGUAUAUUCUAUUUAUACGCGAUAUUUUACAUCAUUUGGUAUCCGUUGUGCGUAUUACGGUUGAAAAUAAAUUAUCUUCAUUCAUACAGAAAGUCGAACAUAUUUCAGCAGAAAUGCAUGGCUAUUUUAUUUUGUUCGAAAAAUGAGCGUUUGUUUGUUUUAAUUUGAAUACUUGUGGAUUGAGAAAAAUAUUUACUCGCUAUCGAGGAUUCCAACAGUGAUACGCUUUAUCGUCAUAUAAGCGUGUUGCACUGUCUUGUACUGUAGUUACAUACGUCAGUAUAUAGUUUAUAUUUUAGAAUUACUUAUAGAGAUUGUUGAGGCAGCUUAAGCCACAUCAUUCUGACGCGAUACUUCUAGAUCUAUCACUAAAGCGUCUUCGUCCUAGAUCUAUUUCGUUUUUAACACAAUGCUUAGCUUGUUCCUCUAUCUCUCGAACUAUUAGAUAUUCGAUUCAAUUGUUUGCAUUACUCACGUUGUUCACAAUUCGAGUAUGUAUCCUGUACAUACACUCUACUGUUCCAAUUUGGAGAAAAAAUGGACUUCGUACUUUUGUACGUAACUUUUUAAAAGCUAUCUGUUCCUGCAAUGUCGAAACUUCAUCUUCCUAUUUUCCUUUGUUCGAUGAUUAAAAAAAAAAAGUAAGAAAGAACGUAAAACUUGAAAAUAAGCUAAGACUUUUUACUAGCACAUAUUUUUGCAACAAAGAACUUUUUUAUAAAUCUCACAAAAAUAUUGCCUCAUUUUUUGAAGCAUUUAAAAUACUCAUUUGUAAAUUUUAUAAUAUAUUUACUAACAUUUUUUGUAAGGAGUCAAGAGACGAUGAUGCGAUGGACCAGAAGUAACGCGUGCCCAAUAUUUUAAGUAAAAUUACACAUUGAAAAUGACCUAGUUGUUGUUCUUUUGUCUUUCCGAGCCCCGGGAUUUUCAUAAAAAGACGACAAUGCGUUUUGAAUUCUCUGGAUCCGACAUAAAUUCUGCUAUUGUUCGUUUAAGACUGAAUCGCUCCAUCCGUGGAUGCAAUGAGAGUCGACUGCCACGCAUUUCUCGAUGUUAAAAUAUUUGAUGAAUCAAUUUCCUACCUGUACCUGUCGCAAAAUUCAUCGUAUUUGUAACUAACGCUUCGUCCAAUUACUUUAUACCGUUACACAAUAUAUCUAUAUACAACUUCAUUUAAUAAUACUUAUCACUCGACGAAGUUCGUUACCACAUUUCCAAGAGUUAAACGAAAGCAUCACAGUUCGAGAUUUAUCAUACACAAGUCACGUGCGUUUGCUUCUUGGCGUCACGACUUUUAUAUAAUUUAUACUUUUUCAGCUAUGCCCUUUUUGCUAUGUAAUAAGUUCUAGAUUUUCAAGUACUCGAAUGCGAUCAGUUGUUUAUUACAGGUGAAACAAAAUCAAUGAAACGACUUCUACUUUUAAUGGCAUGGUAGAUUUCAUAUAUGAUAGGGAUAACUCGUUGAUCGUGUUCUAACUAUAACAGGAAACAUGAGAGAUUCGUACAUAGUUUCGUAAAUUUGCAAACACUCAUUUUUUAUUCGAAAAAUUUGGCGGCGUUUAAAAGUGAUCCUUUACAAAAAUUUCUAUCUUCGACGCGGAACAAUAAAUUAGGAAUAAAAUCUAUCGUAUACACAAAUAGGAAAAUGUACAGAAAAAAUGCAUUCUUUCAUUUAUGCAAUCAAAAAAUAUAUUUGUUU